CGGACUGCAUGUGCAUUUUGCAUUUUGAAUUUGCACUAAAAUAUCUUUUCUGUCACCAAUUCAAUUAAAUUCAAUAGAAUAUAUUCAUUUGUACUUUCACAUUUUUGUCCUUUUGAAUGCAAUGCUUGUUGACACAUUGCCACUUUUGCUAGUAUCGGGCAUUCUCUUUCUCCUGUCGCCCGCAAUUCAAGCUCUCGGAAUGACGAAAAGACGACGACUUGAACUCAGGAACCAAACGAAGGAGUCAUUUUAUCACGCAUACAAUGGCUAUAUGAAGCACGCCUUUCCAUUUGAUGAGCUUAACCCGAUCACUUGCACGGGGCGGGGGCGUGACAGAAUGGUUCCUAAAAACAUCAACAUCAACGACGUGCUGGGCGAUUACCUUCUGACCCUGGUCGACACACUGGACAUGCUCGCGGUUCUAGGAGACAAGGAGGAGUUUGCAAAUGCGGUUGCCAAAACUAUUCAAUUUCUGCCGGACUUUGAUAUUGACAGCCAUGUCCAGGUGUUUGAAGUCACCAUCAGAAUGCUCGGCGGCCUGCUCAGCGCACACAUUAUUGCAACCGACGAGAAGGACACAUUGGGCAUGCGCUUGGAUAACGACAAGGGCGGAAACGGCACCGCGUACAAUGGCGAGCUGCUGCGGCUUGCUAGAGACCUGGGCUAUCGCCUGUUGCCAGCAUUUGAGGCGUCGCCGACUGGGAUUCCAUACCCGAGGACCAACCUGAAGCAUGGGUUUCCCAAGGGCGAGACCUCCAACACGUGUGCCGCUGGCGUGGGCACGUUGCUCCUUGAAUUUGGCACGCUCAGCCGGCUGACCAACGAGACCAUAUUCGAGGAUCUGGCCCGUCAUGCACUGAACGAGCUGUGGGUCGAGCGGUCAAAGAAAAACUUGUUUGGCAAUACAUACGAUCUUGAGAAGCAAAAGUGGGAGUCAACAGUCGCCGGCGUCAGCGCAGGUAUAGAUUCUCUGUACGAGUACAUGCUCAAGAGCUACGUAUAUUUUGGCGACCAGCAGUACCUGCAAGCAUUUGAGGUCUCGUACAGCGCGCUGUUGCAGCAUGCUCGAGACACGAUGGGCGGCUAUGCGUUUUUCAACGUUGACAUGCACUCAGCCGAGGUUACCAGCACGUGGAUUGACUCGCUGUCGGCAUACUUCCCGGGACUCAUGGUACUUGCCGGCGACGUUGACAGUGCAGAGUCGGCCUACAUGCUGUAUUACCAUUUGUGGCGGCGGUUCCGUGCUAUGCCCGAGCGAUUCAACUUGUUUUUGCGCGAGCCAGACAUUGCAUUCUAUCCGCUGAGACCAGAGUUCAUAGAAAGCACGUACUUUUUGUACCGGGCGACCCACGACCCCUUUUACUUGGACAUCGGCGAAAUGGUGCUUGCAGACAUAAACGCGCUGUUUCGCACUUCUUGUGGCUACGCGUCGAUGCAAAGCGUGUUUACCCGCCAGCUUGAGGAGCGCAUGGAAAGUUUUUUUCUCAGCGAGACGCUAAAAUACCUAUUUUUGCUGUUCGACGAGGAAAACCCACUUCACAAACACCACAGUAACUUUGUCUUUACAACCGAGGGCCAUGUUCUUCUUCCUCUCUCGCCCGUGGGCAGAAACUCAUUGGCUCAAUACCCGUCAGAGUCCACAUUCAGUAGGCGAAGCCUACUUCAUUCAGAGCGCCCACCACGAAAAAUGGAACCGUCGAUCUACCGCACGACAAAUAUCCGGCAAAAACUGCAAUCCGUUCACCCUGACGACAUGUUUGCGCUGCCAAAAUUCACAGCAUCGGAUUUGUUGGCUGAUGAUUCCGAUGCCGAUAAUUUUGAUUCAGCAGCCCACACACGCAUGAGCCGGCAGUGCUUGGUUCCGCGGGCCCUGAACAUAGUGAAGACAGGGUCGGCCAAAAUAACAAGCGGCGCCGAACCCGUCUCCGCACAGUUUGCUGUUGAAUGGAGCCAGCCACAUCUGCAGAGCCCCUUGGCGCAGCUGUACGCCAUGCAAGAGCUAUCCCGCGCGAUAAACGGAAUUACCGGUCGUAGUCCGGCUGAUAUUGAGGAGAGAGAGUAUCUAUCCGCGCUUCUUGUUAACCGGGGCGCUUGUACAAUGCCCCUGCGCGCGGACUUUUAUAACAUCGACACGCUGGUCAGCGGCGGUCACAACUCUGAGUAUGCGAUAAACGGGACGGCGGUGCUUGAUUUGUCGCUGGAAAUGGCCAUGGAGUACGGCGGCAUGUGCAGUUUGUCAGCAAAUCUGUACCUUUCAGAGCGUCAUAACGGGUGGAUGGCCAUGGCUUUGGACCAGGCUGGUCACUUUGCGGAUGCCCAGGGGUUGCGCAAUCCGCCGGUUUUUGCGGAGACGUGGCUGACUCCCAAUACACGGCAGAUUUCAUUUAUGGAGUUUGUGCUUUCUCGUGCAGUCAACGGGGAAGUCACAUCGCAUAUUAUCCCACCGCAACCAAGAGCCCGCCACGGAGUGCCUCUGCUGAAGGACCUGUGGGACAGCGAAGAGACCAAUGCUCGUUCUCAGCAUAUGGCAACCGAGUUUCACAAAGACAUUGACCCGAUUGCAACAGCAUCGCUGCUGCCAAACAAAUACAAGGAUACCGUGCAGCCAAAACGCCGCGGCUACAGUUUAGCAGACCAGCUAAGCGGCGGGAAAAACGGCGCGUUGUCUCCAAACCAGCAGCUGGUUAUUACGAAUGGAGCCGGCCAGGUAAUGACCGAUUACGUUGUUGUUCGGGUCAGCACGGAUGUCUCAUUGCGUGACUUUGUGCGCACCGUCCCCGUUCACAAUGACACCAGCCAUGCUACCAAGCGCACGUGGGCACAAUUAUUUAGCCGCACUGAUAGCCCGGCGCCUGUAAGCAUCCCGGAAGACAUUGCUACUAAGAUCAGCGCGAAGGCAAAGGCAAAUGCCGAUAUAAAAGAGCAGAAUGCUAAAAGCAAGUACCGCCCCAAUUCGGACCACCCCCAUCGUAGACGCGAGUAUUCGGGGCGGUUGGCAGAGUUUGCCGAGAUAUCGUUGUACAGCAGAUACUCGCUGCCUCUUGUGCCACGCCCGACGACAUUGGUCAUGCCCCAUCUAUUCAGUUCCUCGGCGGUGUAUGGCUGUGAAGAGUAUACGCCGUGGGAGAAAAAGCUUGUUCGGGGGAAAAUAGUUGCUGUGCACGCUGGCGGCGGCUGCACAGUGUGGAUGAAGGCCAUUCAGGCAAUGCGCGCAAGUGCCAAAGCAUUGCUGGUGAACGCGGGGGAUGCAGAUGACGGCCACAGCCAUUGUGCAACUUUGGGCCAAUGUGUGCGCAGGAGGCCAGUGUUGGUGCAAAGUUUGCGUGAUGAAGAGCAAAUGUGCUUAUGCAAACAUGUAGAUUCUAGCUGUGUCUCUUCCUCCUCGCAAAGGCGCAAAUCAGAUAUCAAGAAGCAACAUUCAGUGACAAUGCCGGUUGUGAUGGUCGACCAGGGCGUUGUCGAGAAGCUUCAGGCGUAUUUGAUUGCCGGCCUUCAUGUUCGCAUAGAGUUACUUUAAUAAUAAAUUUAUACAAUAUUGCGGCCAGAAUUUGGAGAGGGGUUUUUUGAAUUAAUCAAGCGGACGGUGGCUUUGAGGUUUGCUAGUAUAAAAUUGAAAGAUAA